GGUGGGAAAAGUGAAAGCAAUAGCACAGAAUUCUGCUGAGCUCACACUUGUAAAAGACAUAUUUUAUGUUUGUGGAAGAAGAUCAGCUUCAAAGGAGGAAGAAAUGGUUUGGGGACAAUCAAAACCAGAUCCUCCGAAAGACUUCGAGCAACCUUGGAGAAACCCAGACUGGAACCCGAGCAAUCUGAAAUCUGAGUUAAGUGAACUUCUUACAUUUAUGGAAAACCACCAAGACAUCAAGCAGUUCAGAAUACUGCUUCAUGGACCAGUUGGAGCUGGGAAGUCCUGCUUUAUAAACUCAGUGAAGAGCGUAUACAAGGAAAGAAUUGUAGUCAGGGCAGCUGAGGAGACGUCUGCUGGAAAGAGCUGCACAAAAACAUACAAAACUUACAAAAUCACUGACAAAGAUUCCGUCACCUUGCCGUUUGUCUUCAGUGAUGUUAUGGGUCUGGAAGAUCAUGAGGAAGAUGGAAUUCAUCCUGAUGAUAUCAUUAAUGUGCUGCAUGGCCGUGUCAAAGAAGACUAUACAUUUAAUCCUGUUUUUCCACUGACUGAUGCUGAUCCAGACUACAUACAUGAACCCAGUCUGAAUGACAAAGUUCACUGUUUGGUGAGCGUAGUGGAUGCAAACAGCAUCUCCUCGAUGAAGAAUGAGGUGAUUCGGAAGAUGAAAGCUGUCAGAAAAUCUGCCAUCAGAUUGGGCAUCCCUCAUGUGGUUCUGAUGACAAAAAUCGAUGCUGAUGUCUGCCCACUGGUUACAAAGGAUCUAGCUGAGGUUUACAAAAGCAGGAAAAUCGAAGAAAAGAUGCAGGAAUGCAGCCACACAAUUGGUCCACCACUGAAAUGCAUCUUCCCAGUGAGCAACUAUUAUAAGGAGCCUAAAAUGGAUGACAAAAAAGAUGUGCUUAUUCUGUCUGCAUUAAAGGAAAUUGUCGGAUUUGUUAAGGAUUACUUUGAAGAGGGAAGCCUCUGAGUAUCUGCUAAAAAGUUCAUUUGGAAAAAAGAAUUGGGAUGUAGGUCUUUAUUAUCAUCAAAUCUUUAUGGAGCUCAUAUAUUAAUCAUGAUUAACUACUUCAACUAUAACUACAAACACAAAGUCAUAAAAUUGUAAUUUGUGCCUGUGAUUACUGGUGUAGACUAAUUAAGAGCAUAUUUAAUUGGCUAUUAUUAAAUUUAAGCCUCACAUCUGCUUAUGCUACAGCUCACUGUUAUUUUUAAUGUUAUUCAUACGUUCAAUGUUUGAGAAAAAUUAUAUCCUCUAUUACAUCCUGCUUGAUAACCACUUUUUGUGGACAAAAAAACAAUAAUAAUAAUAAUGACUUAUUAAUUAAUGAGAAAUGGUUAUGAGACAAGAUGGUGGCCGUCGAGAAGGCACAAAGCCGACCAAACCCAGCAGCCAAAUCCAACUGGUAACAGUAAUGACACAGAAUGUAUAAAAGCCAUUGUGUGUGCAUUCUAUUGUAGACAGCCUCUGUGCAUGUUACUGUAUACUCUCAGUGCAUCAUAAAACGAACGCAAGCUUACACUUGGAGAGUAUUUCUUGGUUUGUUAUAAUCUUUGCAUCUUAACUUUUACUUAUUCUAAUACUGUUUGAUUAUUUGAAAGAGUUUUAUUUGUAAUUUUCUUCUUAUUUUA